AUGAUUUCCAGACUUUGUGUGGCUCUGGGGUGGAUCGUGCUGGUCCUUUUGGUUCUUCCACCGGUUAGAGGACUAAGUGUUCCUCGGGGGAACUUCGGUAAUUCCCUCGGUGAUGUACCGCAAUCGAUUGCUGAAGACAAAGAUGAUUUAGACGGAGGACUUCGAGGUGAGCAGAAACCGGUACGGGUUAGCUAUGGGGAGCGGAAGUUGCGUAGGAACCAUAAGCAUCUCGAUCUGAACGAGCUCUCGCGUAAACGACGUGCGCCGCAAGCAGCAGAGAAAGCGACCAAGAAAGGCAAAGAGUGUCGCACACGAUCCGGCGAAAAGGGACAUUGCACCAAUGUUCAGGGUUGCACCGGGCCGGAGCUGAAAAACAGCAUCUGGUCGAUCCUGCAGGAUCUUUGUGUAGUGGAGGGAUUAUCUAUCGGCGUCUGCUGUCCGGAGGUGGUGGUCGAUGGAAACGGACCGGAGUUCUCAGCCCGACUUCCGGCUCGAGCUGACUCCUACGACGACGUCGACGGUCUUGGUGACGAUGGUCCGAAAGGUCGUGAUGGCACAGUCCGACCAGAAGAGCGCGGCUGCGGUAUCUCCACCAAGCAGUUGUCGAAAAUAUCCGGCGGUAAUCCAGCCGACCCGAACGAGUGGCCUUGGAUGGUAUCGUUGGUGAUGUCGAAAGCGUCGUUCUGUGGCGGGGCGCUGAUUACCGACCGACACGUGCUAACCGCUGCCCACUGCCUCAUGAACCUGAAGAUAAACCAAUUCGUCGUGCGUCUUGGGGAGUACGAUUUCAAGCAGUCCAACGAGACGCGCUACCGGGAUUUCCGUGUUUCGGAGAUUCGCGUCCACUCGCAGUUCGAUCAGGUGAGCUACGAGAAUGACAUCGCGAUGUUGAAGCUGAUCCAACCGUCGUUCUUCAACUCGUACAUCUGGCCGAUCUGUAUGCCCCCGCUGGACGACAGCUGGGCUGGCUAUGAGGCGGUCGUCACUGGCUGGGGGACGCAGUUCUUCGGUGGCCCGAACUCGCCGAUCCUCAUGGAGGUGAAGAUACCGAUCUGGUCGAACGAGCAAUGUCAGGAUGUGUACGUCAACCGUGUCUACAAUACGACCAUGUGCGCCGGUGACUACGCUGGCGGGAAGGACUCGUGCCAGGGCGAUAGUGGUGGGCCACUGAUGAUCCAGCUGCCGAACCGACGCUGGGCCGUGGUCGGCGUCGUGUCCUGGGGCAUUCGCUGCGGUGAGGCAAGUCAUCCCGGAAUCUACACGCGCGUCAGUUCGUACGUCCGAUGGAUCAUCGAGAAUGCCGUGUUCUAA